AUGGUGUUGGUUGAAGUGAAUGGUUCGAUUAGCAUUGGUGGUCGUGAUGACUGUCUGUGUAAGCAUUCCAAGAAGAUAGACAUCAAGUCGAAUAGGCUUAAAGACUUGGCUGCACCUCUCACAUCGAACGGGCCUCCUGGUACUCCGCCGGGGCCGAAUCCACCUGAACCUCCUGGUAAACCGUUGGGGUCGAUACCAGCUGGACCACCUGGUAAUCCGUUAGGGUCAAAUCCACCUGGACCACCAGGGAAUCCACCUGGACCACCGGGGAACCCACCUGGAAUUCCGUUCAUCCAGUUACCGACCGGGAAGCCAAGUGGUGACCAGAGCUGA